CUUUGCUUCCUCAGCUGAGCAACCUACCAAUAUUUUCCUCUCCUCUUCUCUUUGGUUGCGUGAAUAAUGCUCUAAAUACCGUUCCCUCUUUUGGGUUCUUGGCCCCCAUAGGGAAUCUCUCUUCUUCCUACUUCUUAUCAUCAUCUCCCCUUUCAAUUUCCAAACAAACACAACACAGUUUUUACCUUUUGUUCUCCCUUUUCUGCCACUUUCCUCUUCUUCUUCCUCUCUCAUUAUAUACCCUGUUUCCUCCCUUCCCCUUCUGUGGUUUAAGCUUUCCCAGAUUAUUCACAACUUCCGAUUUCAUCUCUUCCUGAAGUUUUUUCGAGGUUUGGGGACUCGAUUACGAGUUGUUUUCAAGUGGGUCUGUUCUAAUUUCUCAUUUUCUUCUUUCUUUCGGUUGUGUCCGACACACUUUUUUUGCCUCACAAAGGAAACCUAAUCAUAUUUCCUAAUUUGUCCCGUCUGGUGUCAAUGGAGAUCAAUGGGUGUUCAGAGAAAGACGAGGAUUGCCCUCGGCUGCUGGAUUUGAUCCCCAAAGACCGGCAAUGGGUCACCACCGGAGAUGUCGUCGGAAAAAUCCACAGCUCCGACGACAAGAAGCUGGAGCUCAGGCUUGGCCUGCCCGGAGAAGCCGAUUGGUGCGGCAAAGAAAGAGAUGAAUCUCCUCUCUGUUUUGGGUAUUUUCCCCAUCCCCAGAAAUUUUCUUCCACAGAGAAUCCAUGGCCAUCUGCGAAUUUUCUCGGAAAGCUUCAACCCACCAAACUUUCAACCUUUCACUUGUCGGCCAUGGCCAAGGAAACAGCAGGGUCACAGCCCUGUUGCACUAAAAUGGGAGAUCUACAAAAUGCAGAGGCCAAACCAUUUCCAUCCUCUGCAAAUACAGCUGUUUCUAACAGCUCUCAGAAAAGGACUGCGCCUGCUCCAGUUGUGGGAUGGCCACCAAUUCGUUCAUCGAGGCGUAAUCUCGCAAGCAGCAGCUUCUCGAAGCCUGCAUCGGAGUCCUUGGAUGCAGCCCCGAGCAAGCUCCCGGCCCCCAGGGAGAAACCGGUUGAAGUUGGUGGAAAGGGCCUGUUUGUUAAGAUCAAUAUGGAUGGAGUUCCCAUUGGUAGGAAAAUCGAUCUCAAUGCUUAUGACAGCUAUGACAAACUCUCCUCUGCUGUUGAUGAACUCUUCAGAGGCUUACUUGCAGCUCAAAGAGAUUCCUCAGGGGGUGGUGUUUUGAACAAGCAAGAAGAAGAGAAACCGAUCACGGGUUUGCUGGAUGGAAGCGGAGAAUAUACUCUUGUUUACGAGGAUAACGAAGGAGACCGAGUUCUUGUUGGCGAUGUCCCUUGGCAAAUGUUCGUUUCUACUGUGAAGAGGCUGCGCGUGCUGAAGAGCUCUGAAUUACCUGCCAUGAGCCUCGGUUGCUCGAGACCGCAGAAGAUGGCGCUCGACUCCGCUACAAAGUGAAGGAGGAGAUUUUUUUCUUCCUUCAAGCUGAAGCUUGAGAAGCUAUUUGUGUGUUACCUUCUGAAAUCUGGCAUCUAGUUUAAUGAGGUUGAGAAAAGAGAGAAAUUAUGAUUCUUGGUAAGAUAGUUAAAUCACACCCCAUAUAAUAAUGGGUUAUGCUUUUGGUUUUGUAAUUCCUGUAAACUCAUGUGAAAUUGCAAUGUAAUCAAUCUCUCGCCUUCUUCUUUUGUAGAAAGUCUAAAUUUAGCCAAGUUUUUGAAAUUGUAACAACGAACAAGUGAGUGAUUUGGGAUUUUAAUAUAAAUUCCACUUGGAGAAUCCAUCAUUCUCCAAACUAUUUAAGUA